CCGCUUGACGUCAUCCGCGGGCGCCGCAGCGCGGUGGCGGGCACGCGCAGCCGAGAAGAUGUCUCCGACGCCGCCGCUUUUUAGUUUGCCCGAAGCGCGGACGCGGUUUACGAAGUCUACCAGAGAGGCUCUAAACAACAAAAAUAUCAAGCCAUUGUUGAGUACCUUCAGCCAAUUACCUGGCAGUGAAAAUGAAAAAAAAUGUACCCUUGACCAAGCUUUCAGAGGUGUUCUAGAAGAAGAAAUUAUAAAUCACUCAUCAUGUGAAAACGUUUUAGCUAUUAUUUCUCUUGCUAUUGGGGGAGUAACUGAAGGUAUUUGUACCGCCUCUACACCUUUUGUAUUGUUGGGAGAUGUUUUGGAUUGUCUUCCUUUGGAUCAGUGUGACACUAUAUUCACUUUUGUGGAAAAAAAUGUUGCUACUUGGAAAUCAAACACAUUCUAUUCUGCUGGGAAAAACUAUUUACUACGUAUGUGCAAUGACCUCCUGAGAAGAUUAUCAAAAUCCCAGAAUACAGUCUUCUGUGGACGAAUUCAGCUCUUUUUGGCCAGGCUUUUCCCUUUAUCUGAGAAAUCAGGUCUUAACUUGCAGAGUCAGUUUAAUCUGGAAAAUGUUACUGUUUUCAAUACCAAUGAGCAGGAAAGCACCCUGGGUCAGAAGCACACUGAGGAUAGAGAAGAAGGAAUGGAUGUAGAAGAAGGUGAGAUGGGAGACGAUGAAGCUCCAACAACUUGCUCCAUUCCAAUUGAUUACAACCUGUAUCGAAAAUUCUGGUCACUUCAGGAUUACUUCAGGAACCCUGUGCAAUGCUAUGAGAAGAUUUCAUGGAAAACUUUUCUUAAGUAUUCUGAAGAAGUUCUAGCUGUCUUUAAGAGUUAUAAAUUAGAUGAUACUCAGGCCUCCAGGAAAAAGAUGGAAGAAUUAAAAACAGGAGGAGAACAUGUAUAUUUUGCAAAAUUUUUAACAAGUGAAAAGUUGAUGGAUUUACAACUGAGUGACAGUAACUUUCGUCGACACAUCCUGUUGCAAUAUCUCAUUUUAUUCCAGUAUCUCAAGGGGCAGGUCAAAUUCAAAAGUUCAAACUAUGUUUUAACUGAUGAGCAAUCACUCUGGAUUGAAGAUACUACAAAAUCAGUGUAUCAACUACUAUCUGAAAACCCCCCCGAUGGAGAAAGAUUUUCAAAGAUGGUAGAGCAUAUAUUAAAUACUGAAGAAAACUGGAACUCAUGGAAAAAUGAAGGCUGCCCAAGUUUUGUGAAAGAAAGAACGUCAGACACCAAGCCAACAAGAGUAGCUCGCAAGAGAACAGCACCAGAAGACUUCCUAGGGAAAGGACCCAACAAAAAGAUUUUGAUGGGAAAUGAGGAGUUAACAAGGCUUUGGAAUCUCUGUCCUGAUAAUAUGGAAGCUUGCAAAUCAGAGACAAGGGAAUACAUGCCAACUUUGGAGGAAUUUUUUGAAGAAGCCAUUGAACAGGCAGACCCUGAGAACAUGGUUGAAAAUGAAUACAAGGCUGUGAACAAUUCAAAUUAUGGUUGGAGAGCCCUGAGACUAUUAGCACGGAGAAGCCCUCACUUCUUCCAGCCAACCAACCAGCAAUUUAAAAGUUUGCCAGAGUAUCUCGAAAACAUGGUAAUAAAGCUAGCAAAGGAAUUACCACCUCCUUCUGAAGAAAUAAAAACAGGUGAGGAUGAAGAUGAGGAAGAUAAUGAUGCUUUACUGAAGGAAAAUGAAAGCCCUGAUGUCCGACGAGACAAACCUGUAACAGGGGAACAAAUAGAGGCGUUUGCCAGUAAACUGGGCGAGCAAUGGAAGAUCCUGGCUCCCUACUUGGAAAUGAAAGACUCGGAAAUUAGACAAAUUGAGUGUGACAGCGAAGACAUGAAGAUGAGAGCUAAGCAGCUACUGGUCGCCUGGCAAGAUCAGGAGGGAGUACAUGCAACACCUGAGAAUCUGAUGAAUGCACUGAAUAAGUCCGGAUUAAGUGACCUUGCAGAAAGUCUAACUAAUGACAAUGAGACAAAUAGUUAGCUUCUUUCUUUUUUUUUUUUUUUUUAUUAAAACUGUGAUAAGAUUUUGUUACCAAGCAGCAUUUGAUAAGAGGUCCAAUGGUUUUGGUAAACAAUAAACAUUUUUGUAACA